AUUGUUUGCUGCCAUUUAAUGGUUCACUCGGCGAACAAUUAAACAUUUUGAUUAUAGGGUUCAUUUAAGUGAAUCCGGUGACUAUCUGACAUGGCAAAAAUGAUAUAAUCGCUCUUCGAAUUCAAUGUCAGUUCAGUUCACCUUUCGACACCUAAGAGCCAUGUUAGCAGCUCUGAUCUUUGGUCUAGUGCUCCUGUCAUCUUUGCAGGUGGAGACCAAGUUCAAAAGUCUUCACUGUACUAAUUAUAACAAGACUUUGGGCGAGAUUGUAUUGUGCAGAAUCAAGGCCAUCAACCGUUAUAGGAACUCGAUAAGUAUUCAAUUCAGGCAGCUGACAACCGUUCCCCAAGUCCAAAUGCGUAUGGAGCUCUUUAAACGCGCCAAUGGCUGGCGUCCCUUUCUCUACAAUAUCUCAUUUAACCUUUGCGAAUUUCUAUCUAAGAAAAGAAAAAAUAUUAUUGUGAGCCUUGGUUAUGAAUAUCUUAAGCCUUAUAUUCCCAUAACCAACUACACUUGUCCAUUUAAGAAAAAUCACCUAAUACGAUGUACCGACCUGGAGUUUGAUAUUGAAAAGUUCAGAAUUCGUUUUCCCAUAGAAACAGGCGAAUAUGCACUUCAGUUGAGUUUCAUUGUUCAGCGGAAAGUUACUUUGACACUAAAUGGAUCUAUAGAAUACCGCAACUAUCGAGAGCACUGAGUUUCAAAAACGUACUAAGCUAAAAACUAGCAAAACACUAGCCGUAUAUGAUGUUUCCUUGGGCAAAUGGUAUUUAAAUGGUUAUUAAUAAAAUGUUUGAUAGUUUAUCUGCAAGCUACAAACUGUUUUUUAACUACAAAUUAAAAGUGGGCCACUUAUAAACCCAUUUCAUGGAUGUAACUAGUUUGUCAUUGAUUUCUGAUUAUAUAUUAUGGAUGGUCUGCUUUUUAUUUGUGACUUUAAUUAAAUGUUACAAAAUUAUUGUUUAACUUUCCUAUCAACUGUUAGUUAAUUUUAUACAAACUAACAAAAAUGAUAAUCAAUGAAGCUUUUUAUUUUCAUUUUACAAAUAUGCUCAGGUAAGUGACUCAGUUAAUGAGUUUUAAAUUAGUACAGAAUACUACCAGCUUUGUUUAAAGUAGAUCAGUUUAUCAAUAACUUUUGAAUAAACAUGUUGGUUGUACUAAUAUUUGUAAUAUUGUCUAUUAACUCUCUGGAAGUAACGGCCAAGAUCAAGAGCCUUCACUGUACAAUGUUCGACAAAGAGUUUGGCGAAAUAGUUCUGUGCAAAGUUAAGGCCAUUAAUCACUAUAGAAGCUCUAUCAGUGUUCACUACAGACAAAAUCAAACUGCUAGUAACAUAAAUGUAAGUAAUAUAUAUCUAUAUAUAUCUAAAAUGUAAGCUUAAAAUAUUACAUAAAAAAAUAUUAAUAGGUUCGCUUUGAAAUUUUCAAACGAGCCAAUGGUUGGCGACCCUUUCUCUAUAACGUGACCAUUAGCAUGUGCGACUUUCUUCGUUAUCAAAACAACCGGAUAUUCAGUGCUGCUUUUAGCUAUUUAAAACCCUAUCUCGCUGAGAACUACACCUGCCCCCUGCAAGUAAUUAAAUUACAGAUAUGUAACUCAAAUAAUAGCCUAACAAUUUUUAACUUUUAGGCCAAUAAGUUGUAUAAAUGUGAGAAUUUUGAAUUGGAAUGGAAUCAAGUGAGAGUUCGCUUUCCAGUCGAAACUGGCGAAUACGCUGUGCAGUUGAGCUUUUACCACCGUCGAGACCUUAAAGCCACAUUCAACAUCUCAUCGGAGUAUUCCAAUUACAAGGAACACUAAAUAUAUAACUAUUUAAAUGGAUUAAAAAUGGAUCAUUAUUUGAACUACAAAGAAAAGUUUAUAACUCAAAAUAUUUCUUAAUAAAAGUGACCAUAAGUGGCUUUUCUUGCUGUCUAAAUUACCAAAAAUGUGAAUUAAGUCGUUAUCGGUCGUUAUUAUUAUUGCUUCUAGAUCCAUGACCGUAAUUAUAUUUACUUGCAAAAUUCAAUCAAACCUAAAAUUUGGAAUAUAAUAAAGAUACAGGUAGCUUUUGACGUUACUACACUGCAAUUAAACUGCAGCAUCAAU